GCAUUACUGUUGCCAGUCGGACGGUGUUGAUGUACGGACCGGAAGCCCUGGACAAAACACUCCGCGCCAGUUGUUACCUCCGACAUGGAGCUGCAGCAAGAGCUUAGCGUCGUCAACUUGUCCAAAGUCGAACUACUGAGAGCAGUGGUUGUGGAAAAACUUACUACGGCCGCACAGGAGAUCAUGGCCGUGGUGGAGAGAACGGUGGCCUCAUACGAGGAGGAGGCCUCGAGCUUCCGUGAGGAGGUGGACCGACAGAAGAAGCAGCUGGAGCUACUGCUAGAGACGCGCCACAUCAAAACAGAGUCGUCAGAAGACGAAUUUCAUGAGCCACAACAUGAGAUGGUGCAAGGAGUCAACGCAGGAGUUGAAACCACCCCAGAGGAUCAGCAGCUGAAAUAUGAACCAAGUUUUGAGGACAACGAUAUUAUUCGUACUGUUCAGUACACAGGAGACUCCUCAUUUUCCGAACAAGCAGUACCGGAGCUUACACAGUCUCAGAGUCAGGCUCCUCUCACAGAACAGACCUGUGAAGAGUCGUCCAGGAACAGCAUCAGCAGUAAGGUUGAGGAACCAAACCAUGUUGUUUUAAAAAUCCGGGUCCUGGAAGACUGUGAGAGCGAGGUGUUCUCCAUUAGAGAAUCCAGAAAUUACUCUGAGCAGAAGCUGAAGUGUCCUCGCCAUCUACCGGAGAAGGACUUCCUGGAACUCCUCAGGUCCAUGUUCCCACAACUGAGGGCUGACAAACCAUUGGAGUUGUUAAAGUACAACAGGAAAAAAAAUCUACGUCCUCUGAAGCUGAAGUCACUGACGCCUCUGGAGAUCAUCAAGAAUGUCUCCAUUCACUCUGCCCUCUACAUCCGACUGAGGACAAACGAUGUCACCAAAGAUUCUUUGCCAAACCUGAACCAAACCGGUUCUUCGGGCCACGUAGAGCUCAGCAUCCAUCUCCUGAACAACUCCACAAACUAUGAUGUUCUGCCACCAAAAGUUUACGAUGGGUGCCCGGUUCGUAUUUUGAAGUGUCCCACUGGUCUGCAAGAGUCCGACUUCCUGGAACUGCUGAGGUCCGUUUUUCCUGUGCUGCAGGCUGACAGACCACUGGAGUUCUUUACAGCCAACGUACGCAGGAAGAUGUUUCCUCUUAGAUUGAAUACUGUGACGCCAGAGGAGAUCCUGGGUCACGUGAAGUCCAGGGGGAGCUGUGCCCUCUUUCUUCGUUCAAAGCCUCUUGAGGUUGAAGAUGUUCAGAGUCCUCCAGCAGACCUUCAGUUGAAAGUCAGGGUUCUGGAAGACUCUCGGAUCAGUGUCCUUAACACAGCAGUCUUUCGGAAGUAUCGCUCUCACACCCUGAAGUGUCCAAGUGGUCUGCAAGAGCCGGACUUCCUGGAUCUCUUAAGGUCUACGUUUCCACAGUUGGCCCCAGAUGUGUCCUUUGAUUUCUACACGUCUUCACGAUCCAAGCGGCUCUAUCCUCUAGAAGUCAACACCCUGACACCUGAGGAGAUCCAGCGUGCCAUCAGGUCCACCGGGUUCUCAUCCCUCUACAUUCGAGUGAAGGGACCCCAACAAGUCGGUGGACAUGAGGACGACCUGAAGGUGAAUGUUGACGCCAUGAAGGCUUCUCCGUCCAUCUCCGUUAUCAACCAUGUUGAUCAAGGUGGCAGAAGUUUUAGUGAAGAGGAACCUGAAGGUAAAGGUCCACUGUCACACUGGUCUGUGCAGCACAGGCUUAAGUACUGGAGUGAAACAGAAGACGUGGAUAAUGAGGACGUAGACGAAUGGACACCAGAAAGAAAGGUAAAAACAGAGCUGAAAACAUCAAGCGGGAAGCGAAGGGUCCAUUCUGAAGGCACGGUGAAGAAGAAAAAGAAGAUCCAGCCUAACAGCAAAGAUAGUCCUGGUCCUCGGUCCUGUGUGGUUUGUAAAAUCCCACGCAACUCCCUCAGCAUGUUGAUCAAACACAGCUGGACUCACAUGGACCAUCCAGCCAGGCUGUGUGGUGUCUGUGGAGAACAUUCGGAAUCUUCUGAGGAACUUGGUCGUCACCUUCACGGUCACCAGAAAACACACAGCUGCAGCAUCUGUGGGAAGUCCUUCUUGUCCAUCCUCGGCCUUCGGGGACACCUUGACCGGCACAUGUAAGAGAAACCGCACCGUUGCCAUAUCUGCCAGGUAGCCUUGGCCCAGUCCGAGGUUCUGCAAAGACACACGCUCAUCCACAGCAACGACAAACCAAACGUCCAACUACAACGUCACUCACUAAAAACUGGAACAGAACUUUCUUUGGAAAGGUCUGGAAAGAAAAAGACCGUUUCUUGGCAAUGUUGAAGUUGAUGAGAACGUGUGUGUGUGUGUGUGUGUGUGUGUGUGUGUGUGUGUGGAGGAGCUUGUCAUGUGUAUGUUCGUUUCACCUGAAUGUACUGCUUUUAGUGUGCUUUUUAAGAUUGAUUUUAAGAUGAUUUUAGUUUUUCAUCUUUAAAAAAAGUUUUUUUUUUUAAUGGGUGUACAUCACAUAUUCUAUGGCAGUGAUUAUCAACUGGUGGACCAUGGGCCAAAUCCAGCUGUUGAAUCAUCCAAUCCAGCCCUUAAAUAGAUUCUAAAAUAAACAUCAAAUAACAAUGUUAGACAAAAAUGUUAUUUUAAUGUCUGUCUGGAACAACUCUGUCCCUCUGACAAAUACAGCUGAUGACCCCGGUCAUCUCUAUGACCUGUAUGCAGUACAUACUGUAGAGAUUGUAUAUAAAAUUGUCCAGUAUUUUA